CCCCCCCUCCUCGGCCGUGGUCCAGUCCCAAGAUGGCGGCCACCAUGAAGAAGGCCGCUGCAGAAGACGUCAAUGUUACUUUUGAAGAUCAACAAAAGAUAAACAAAUUUGCACGGAUUACUAGUAGAAUCACAGAGCUGAAGGAAGAAAUAGAUGUAAAAAAGAAACAACUCCAAAACUUAGAAGAUGCUUGCGAGGACAUCAUGCUCGCAGAUGACGAUUGCUUAAUGAUAACAUAUCAAAUUGGUGAUGUUUUCAUUAGCCAUUCUCAAGAAGAAACACAAGAAAUGUUAGAAGAAGCAAAGAUAUCAUGGAUCUUUGGAAAAGCGCCAGCUCAUGCUGAGAAGCUUCGUACAAAAGUAGAGCAGAACCACAUAAGAAUAUUCUAGAAACCAAGAGAUGUAUCAAUAGAAAUGUUUAGUGUGUUUUAAAAAUUAUCUUUCAGACUUUAUUUUACUGCUUUGUAAUUAAUUGGGGUUUAUAUUGAUGAUGAUAUAGAAGUUAAGCAGCUAUGUAUUUAAAAAUAAGGCUU